UGCCUCGGCUGGCGCCUCCACCAAUCAGGAAGCGGCUUCCUCAACAGCCGUCCAAUCACAGACAGCGCUGUUAGACGGUGAUGACGGGAACAAACAUGGCAACCUGCUAUUGCUGCACACUCCGAAGGUUGUUGUUGAUUUGAAAGGUUCUCUCUAAAGUCCAUUAAACAUGCUCAGCCUGACCAUAAAGGAGGUGUCUUUGGCACUCAGGGAGGGAAGAAUCUCCCCAACAGAGCUCUGCAAGAAAUGUCUGAAUCGCAUCAAGAAAACACAGCAUCUGAACGCAUACAUCACUGUGACAGAGGAGUCAGCGCUGAAACAGGCUCAACAGUCAGAAGUCAGGCUGCUGAAAGGUGUCCCUAAAGGUCCUCUGGAUGGAAUCCCUUUUGCAGUCAAGGACAAUUUCUGCACCAAGAACAUCAAAACCACGUGUGCCUCCAAGAUGCUCAAAGACUACACUCCACCAUACAAUGCUACAGUGGUCCAGAAGCUUCUUGACCAAGGUGCUGUUCUGAUGGGGAAGGCUAACCUGGAUGAAUUUGCAAUGGGUGCGGGCUGCACCGAUGGGGCUUUCGGUCCAGUAAAGAACCCCUGGAGCUAUGCUGCUCCCUACAGAGAGCAGACGGGGGCGAUGCUGGAGUCUGACUGGGCCAUCACUGGAGGAAGCUCAGGUGGAAGCGCUGCAGCUGUGGCCUCACUGACCAGCUACCUGGCUCUGGGCUCAGACACAGGUGGUUCCACCCGUAACCCAGGAGCGUUGUGUGGUGUUGUGGCCCUUAAGCCCACUUACGGUCUGCUGUCCAGACAUGGUCUUAUCCCCCUGGUUAACUCCAUGGAUGUCCCUGGUAUAAUGGCACGCAGUGUCAAUGAUGCAGCAAUUGUCUUAGGUAUCCUUCAGGGUCUUGAUGUGAGAGACUCAACAACAGUUCCGGCCCCUUCACCACUAACAGAGCUUCCACAAGACUUUGAUGUCAAGAACAUCUGUGUAGGCAUUCCAAAGGAAUACCAUGCCCCAGGGCUGUCUGAGGAGACUCUAGCACAGUGGAGUCGUGUUGCUGACUUGUUUGAGAGGGCAGGUGCUCAGGUGAAGCAGGUGUCUCUACCCCACACCCAGUACUCCAUUGUGUGCUACCACGUCCUGUGUCACGCUGAAGUGGCGUCUAACAUGGCCCGUUUUGAUGGCCUAGAAUACGGCCAUCGUAGCCAGAUAGACAGUUCAACAGAGGUCAUGUAUGCAUCAACCCGGCAUGAGGGCUUCAACGAUGUAGUCAGAGGGAGGAUACUGUCUGGAAACUACUUCCUGCUAAAACAGAACUACCAGCACUACUUUGUGAAAGCCCAGAAAGUCCGCCGACUUAUAGCAGACGAUUUCAGGAAUGUGUUCGGCUCAGGUGUCGAUGUGCUGCUGACACCCACCACACUGUCUGACGCAGCCUGUUACCAAGAUUUCACACAGGAAGACAACCGAACACGCAGCGCACAGGAAGACGUCUUCACGCAGCCUGCCAACAUGGCAGGCCUCCCAGCUGUUUCUGUGCCAACUGCAUUGUCGAGACGUGGCCUUCCCAUUGGCUUACAGCUCAUAGGCCCUGCCCUCCACGACAAGAAGCUGCUCAGUGUUGCCCAAUGGAUCGAACAGAGGGUUGGGUUUCCCUCCAUCAGUGACUGGGAUUACUCCAGAGAGAGCAGGAAUGACACAGCAGUGACCAAAAGGGAGCAGACUUCAGCUGUAUGAAGGGAACAAGGAACCAACUGUCGACAAAGCCACACCAUGGCCUUCCAGUGUAACUGAGAUAACUGCUUGAAAGAUGCCUUUGGAGGACAUUUUUUUGUGGUGGGAAUCUCUAUGAGUCAUAUAUUACAGUAGCUUGAAGUCUCACUGACGGAAUAAAACAUUAUGACAUGAAACCCUCACUAUUGUACAACAUGCAUCAUGUUUUAAAUGGAGGGACACAUGGUGUUUAACGUCACAUCCUGCUGCAUUUGUUGACUUAACGUGUUGCUAUUAAAUCCAUGCAACUGUCAUUUAUUUUCACAGUGAUACGAUAAGUCGUUUUAAGGAUCAGCACAUAUACACUAGCAGUCAAAAGUCUGGACACACCUUCUCAUUCAGUGUUUUUUCUUUAUUUUUACUACUUUCUACAUUGUAGAUACAUACUGAAGACAUCAAAACUAUGAAUGAACACAUAUGGAAUUAUGUAGUUAACAAAAAAGUGUGAAAUAAGUCAAAACAUGUUUUAUAUUUUAGAUUCUUUGAUUCCUGCUUUGAACACUCUUGGCAUUAUCUGGAUGAGCUUCAUGAGGUAGAACCUGAAAUGGUUUCACUUCACAGGUGUUCCUUGUCAAGGUUUAUUUGUGGAAUUUCUUGCCUUCUUAAUGGGGUUGGGACCAUCAGUUGUGUUGUGCAGAAGUCAGGUUGGUCCACAGUUGACAGCCCUUUUUGACAACUGUUAGAAUCCAUAUUAUGGCAAGAACCAAUCAGCUAAGAGAAAUGACAGUCCAUGAUUACUUUAAGAACUGAAGGUCAGUCAGUCUGGAAAAUUGAAAAAAAAUUUUGAAUGUAUCCCCAAGUUCAGUCUCUAAAACCAUCCAGCUCUACGACCAAACUGGUUCACAUGAGGACCUCCCCAGGAAAGGAAGACCAAGAGUCUCCUCUGCUGCUGAGGAGAACUUCAUCCCAGUCUCCAGCCUCAGAAAUGGCAAAUUAACAACAGCUCAGAUUAGAUCCCAGAUAAAUGCCACCCAGAGUUCUAGUAGCAGACACAUCUGAAAUUUUUGAACUUUUAAACAGUAGUGUACAUAAUUAGAUUUUUUUUCAAUGAAAAUAAUCUCUUCCAGCCUUAAAAUGACUUAGUUGUAACUCUACACAAUACAAUGUGCAGAUCUAUGAAGUCCCUGCCUCUCUUCACCCACCCCUCCCCACCUACACACCAGCUCAAAUACUGUCAAACUACUACACUAAACAAUAAAGGGUUGCAGUAUUGGAGUAAUUUAGCCAUACAUGUUGGAACUGGAAAGUGACUGAAGAAGAAGAAAAAUACAGAAAGAUCCAACCUGCAUGUUUGAGAUUGGCCAGAAGUCUGAAUUGGGGGUUUUGAGACUCAUUGGUAUACUGUUUCAUUAUGGAAAUUCUGUUUGCUUAUUUUGCAAUAUGUCUGCCUACACAUAUAAAACACCAUAUGAACCUGUGAAGUAAAAAAAACAGGGCGGGAUCUUGACUGAUUUUUAAGUAGGUAUAUAUCAUCACCCCUAGUCACAGUAGUAAGGAUGUUUUUCAUGGCUUAAUCUGCCCGUCAUACUUCAAAAAAAUAUUGUUAAAUAUGUCAGCGAUGGGGCUGCACAGUGGCUCAGUGGUUAGUACUGUCACCUUGCAGCUAGAUGAUCCCCGGUUUGUGUCCCGGUCUUCCUAGGAUCUUCCUGCAUGGAGUCUCCAUGUUCUCCUGUACAUGUGUGGGUUUUCUCCAGGUUCUCCAGCUUCCUCUCACAGUCCACAAACAUGCUGAGGUUAAUAACUGGUGAUUCUAAAUUGUCUGUAGGUGUGAAUGUGAGUGUGAUUGUUUGUCUCUAUGUGUAGCCCUGUGAUAGACUGUUACCUGUCCAGGUGAACCUGUGAUAGACUGUUACCUGUCCAGGUGAACCUGUGAUAGACUGUUACCUGUCCAGGUGAACCUGUGAUAGACUGUUACCUGUCCAGGUGAACCUGUGAUAGACUGUUACCUGUCCAGGUGUCUCCUGCCUUCACCCUCAGUUAGCUGGGAUAGACUCCAGCCCCCCAUGACCCUGAUGAGGAUUAAACUGUGUAUAGAUAAUGGAUCAAUGGAUGUCUGGGAUGUACAAACAAGAAUGGGAUAUAAAUGCCAAAUUCAUAAUUGUAGACUGUAUAUUUCUAUUCAUUUUCCAUUUUACUUUGAUCAUCAUUACAAUGUAAAAUACAUUAAACUGCAUUCUGUACUGUA